AUGGCGUCAGUUGCACUACUACUUAACUGUCCUUCUUUCCCAGAAGUCCAUUUUCGGAAGAAGCUCCUUGAUGAACAAAAACAAGACGAAUUCUUCCUCAGAGAGACAAUACCUUUGUGGCUAGGCAUUGUUGGAUAUAUAGUCUUCUCUGUUAUCUCCACAAUUGGGAUGCCAAUCAUGUUCCCUCAGAUUAAGUGGUACUAUGUUGCUGCUGCUUAUGCGGUUGCUCCAUCUUUAGCAUUUUGCAAUGCUUAUGGAGCCGGUCUUACUGAUAUAAACAUGGCGCAUAAUUAUGGGAAAGUUGCCCUCUUUGUGCUAGCUGCAACAUCCGGGAGGGAAAAUGGAGUGGUGACAGCACUUGCCGGAUCCGGCCUCGUCAAAUCUGUUAUUUCAGUUGCUUGCAUCCUGAUUCAGGAUUUCAAAACAGCACAUUUGACUUUCACCUCCCCAAGAGCAAUGUUUUUGAACCAGGUUAUUGGCACCGCAAUCGGCUGUGUGAUGGCUCCUGGCAGCUUCUUCCUUUUCUACAAGGCAUUUGAUGUUGGAAAUCCAUACGGAGACUACAAGGCUCCUUAUGCCUUAAUUUCCAGGAACAUGGCAAUUCUAGGUGUUGAGGGUUUCUCAGCUCUGCCCCAACAUUGCUUGCAGUUCUGCUGUGGCUUCUUUGCUUUUGCGAUAGCAAUUAACCUGGCAAGACAUUUUUUUCCGCAGAAGAUCGGACAAUGGAUGCCUCUUCCUUUGGUCAUGGCCGUGCCGUUUGUCAUUGGAGCUUCCUUUACGAUUGAUAUGUGUGUUGGAAGUUUGAUUGUUUUCGUAUGGCAUAAACGAAACACCAACAAGGCUAAGUUGUUGAUUCCUGCUGUUGCCGCAGGAUUAAUCUGUGGUGAAAGUCUGUGGACUCUUCCUGCUGCUAUUCUUGCUUUGGCCAAAGUAAAGCCACCUAUCUGUAUGAAAUUUGUGGCUUCCUAG